AUGCGUGAGAUUGUGCAUGUACAGGCUGGUCAGUGUGGAAAUCAAAUCGGAUCAAAGUUCUGGGAGAUCAUAUCGGACGAGCAUGGUGUUAGCCCCACCGGACAUUAUCACGGAGAGAAUCCGCUGCAACUAGAGCGUAUCAAUGUUUAUUAUAAUGAAGCUUCUUCAGGGAGGUAUGUGCCGCGAGCGAUCCUCGUGGACUUGGAGCCAGGAACGAUGGACGCCGUGAGGUCUGGACCUUAUGGACAGCUGUUCAGACCGGAUAACUUCGUGUUUGGACAGAGCGGCGCCGGUAACAACUGGGCUAAGGGUCACUACACGGAAGGAGCCGAGCUGGUGGAUUCGGUGUUGGACGUCGUCAGGAAGGAGGCUGAGGGUUGCGAUUGCUUGCAAGGGUUCCAAUUAACUCAUUCCCUGGGUGGUGGCACAGGGUCUGGUCUGGGCACUUUACUCCUCAGCAAAAUUCGAGAGGAGUAUCCCGACAGGAUUAUGACCACGUUCAGCGUCUAUCCAUCACCCAAGGUGAGCGAGGUGGUCCUGGAGCCGUACAACGCAACGCUGUCCGUUCACCAGCUGGUGGAGAACACGGACAUGACGUUCUGCAUCGACAACGAAGCUCUCUACAACAUCUGCUUCAGGACCCUCAGACUCAGCAGCCCCAGCUAUGGAGACCUCAACCACUUGAUAUCGCUCACUAUGUCAGGGGUUACAACAUGCUUGCGCUUCCCCGGCCAGCUGAACGCUGACUUGAGGAAGCUUGCUGUCAAUAUGGUGCCUUUCCCGCGUCUACACUUCUUCAUGCCAGGUUUCGCACCAUUGACUGCCCGAAAUGCGUUUGACUUUCGCGCUCAGACUGUUCCGGAGCUUAUGAGUCAAAUGUUCAACCCGGGCAACAUGAUGACUGCCUGCGACCCUCGUCACGGGCGCUACCUGACGGUGGCCACCAUGUUCAGAGGCCGCAUGUCCAUGCGUGAGGUCGACGACCAGGUGCUCGCGAUACAGAACAAGAACUCCAGCUAUUUCGUGGAAUGGAUCCCCAACAAUCUGAAGGUGUCAGUUUGCGACGUCCCACCGAGAGGUCUCAAAAUGUCCGCCACAUUCAUCGGCAACACGACUGCUAUACAGGAGGUCUUCAAGCGCAUCUCGGAGCAGUUCACCGCCAUGUUUAGGAGACGGGCUUUCCUUCACUGGUACACUGGUGAGGGUAUGGACGAGAUGGAGUUUACAGAGGCUGCCAGCAACAUGAGCGACCUGAUCUCCGAGUACCAGCAGUACCAGGACGCUCAAGUGGACGACGAAGAGGGGGACUUCGAUGAAGAGGAAGAAGAGCAGGAAGCCCCCAUCAGGGAUGUAUAG